GGGAAAUAGGUGCUUUUACAAUGCCGGAACCAGCAAAGUCUGCUCCUGCCGCCAAGAAGGGCAGCAAGAAGGCCGUCACCAAGACGCAGAAGAAAGGCGACAAGAAGCGCAAGAAGAGCCGCAAGGAGAGCUACUCCAUCUACGUCUACAAGGUGCUCAAGCAGGUCCACCCGGACACGGGCAUCUCCUCCAAGGCCAUGAGCAUCAUGAACUCCUUCGUCAACGACAUCUUCGAGCGCAUCGCGGCCGAGGCUUCCCGCCUGGCGCACUACAACAAGCGCUCCACCAUCACCUCCCGGGAGAUCCAGACCGCCGUCCGACUCCUGCUGCCCGGAGAGCUAGCCAAGCACGCCGUCUCCGAGGGCACCAAGGCCGUCACCAAGUACACCAGCUCCAAGUAAUUUUGACUCGUUCCCAAAUACAUACUGAACCCAAAGGCUCUUUUAAGAGCCGCUUAA